AUGGACGAGGGACCGCCACCACCCGAAGACGUGGUCGCCCCUCACGCAGGGCCUCCACUCAAACGCCCAAGAGCUGACUCGGACGAUUCAGCAUCCAUUGAGUCCAAUCGCUCUGUUCGCACACUUGCCUCGGACGACCUCGACUAUGUCCAUGAAAAUGGCCGCACAUACGCCAAUGAGUCGUACUAUCUGCCCUGCGUCUACAAGCCCAACAACGACUUUGUGGAGCAGGAUCGCUUAUCCUUGCAACACGAGAUCUUCGUCCGGGCACUCAAAGGAAAGUUGACAACCACAAAACUGCUACCUUCUACCCGCAGAAUCCUCGAUCUCGGCACGGGACCUGGCCACUGGGCUGUGUCCAUGGCCCAGCAAUACCCCCGUGCAGAAGUCGUUGGAAUAGACAUUACCGAGUGGGACAUUGAAACCACCGAAGCUACGCUAGGCGAAUCUGGAGUCACUUGGGAACUCGAUGAUCUCGACGUUUGGGGGCGAGAAAUUGAUGUCGACGAUCUGAUCACCAAACUCGCGGAGCUGGACUUGGCAACCAACAUGAUUCACCGCGAUCCAAUCGAGUCCCCAAGAAAAGUACACCAGGACCUUGGACUAAGCGAUGCCACAAGUCCGUCGAAUCUAUCGGAAGAGUCCCUCACAAUUGACUUGACCUCCUUGAAUCCCCAGUCGGAACCAGGUUGGCAUUUCAGCGAUACAUUUGAGCUGAUCCACCUGCGAAAUAUGAAGGGGACUUUUACCCACUGGGAGGGCGUCUACGAAGAGAUAUAUAAGAGUCUCUCGCCUGGCGGAUGGGUCGAGUUGGCAGACUGGGACUUGGGCCAAGUACCCCUGGGCCCCGGCGACAGGAUUGCAAUGCCCACCUUGCGCAAGUUAUACGUCGCUUUUAUGGAAGCAUCUUUCCGGUCUGGACGGCCCCUCGGUCUUUUCUACAUGCAUCACAGUUAUCUUGAAGAAGCGGGAUUCGUAGACAUACAAACGACUCAUGUCAACGUGCCUGUGGGGCAGUGGGCAGAAGACGAGGCGCAGAAAUCCCUGGGCAAGAUGAUGUUUGUACUUGGCAUGGAAAUUUUUGAGCCUGUUUGCCUGCGUCUCCUCACGCGGUGGGGCAGUAAGAAUAAAGUUUGGACUGAAGACGAGCUGAGGGCGGAUGUGCGGAUGGCACAGCAGGAGAUUAGAGAUUAUGUCGAGCGAUCGGAGCGUGGCGAGGUAGAAGGCUGGUGUGCGAGUUUCAAGUGGAUUACCGCGAGAAAGAGUUGGCAUGCUGACAAGUGA